UGGGGACACCCUAUGUUUGUUAAACCCGUGAACUGUUUGUGCUUUUGCAUGGCCUGUGCCCUGGGACGGUGGCUCAAUGAUGGAUUUUUUUGGUAGGUUGUAAGAAGUCAACCUACCUGGGCAUUGUAUAGGUAACUGAGCAUAUAGUACAAGGCAAGUGAUAAAUCUGCAUUGACUAUACAUUUUCUCUUUUUCUUUCAGUUUUUUUGCUUAAUAUGGCCUUCUGUAAAGGAUAUGUAGAAGAUUUGGAUGAAUCAUUUAAAGACAAUCGAAAAGAUGACAUUUGGCUUGUAGAUUUUUAUGCACCAUGGUGUGGUCAUUGUAAAAAACUGGAACCGAUUUGGAACGAAGUUGGUCUUGAGAUGAAAAGCAUUGGUUCGCCCGUUAAAGUUGGGAAGAUGGAUGCUACUUCUUAUUCUAGCAUUGCUUCAGAGUUUGGAGUUCGAGGUUAUCCGACAAUUAAGCUAUUAAAGGGGGAUUUGGCCUAUAAUUAUAGAGGACCACGGACCAAGGAUGAUAUUAUUGAGUUUGCUCACAGAGUGUCUGGAGCUCUAAUUCGGCCACUUCCAAGUCAGCAAAUGUUCGAACAUGUGCAGAAAAGACAUCGUGUGUUUUUUGUUUAUAUAGGUGGAGAGUCCCCUUUGAAGGAGAAAUACAUAGAUGCGGCUUCAGAAUUAAUUGUGUAUACCUACUUCUUCUCUGCCUCCGAAGAAGUGGUUCCUGAGUAUGUGACACUGAAGGAGAUGCCCGCUGUGCUUGUCUUCAAAGACGAAACUUACUUUGUUUACGAUGAGUAUGAAGAUGGUGACCUGUCGUCUUGGAUCAACAGGGAGAGGUUUCAGAAUUAUCUGACUAUGGACGGCUUUCUCUUGUAUGAGCUUGGAGACACCGGAAAGCUUGUGGCUCUUGCAGUUAUCGAUGAGAAAAAUACAUCAGUCGAACAUACCAGGUUGAAGUCAAUUGUUCAGGAAGUUGCUAGAGAUCACAGAGAUCAGUUCCACAGGGAUUUUCAGUUUGGGCACAUGGAUGGGAAUGACUAUAUAAAUUCCUUGCUGAUGGAUGAAUUGAAGGUCCCGACUAUCGUUGUACUGAACACCUCAAACCAGCAGUACUUUUUACUAGACAGACAGAUUAGGGACACAGAAGACAUGGUCCAGUUCAUUAACAGCAUUUUGGAUGGCACAGUGGAAGCCCAAGGAGGUGAUAGCAUUUUUCAGAGACUGAAAAGAAUGGUAUUUGAUGCCAAAUCUACUAUUGUGUCCAUAUUCAAGAGCUCUCCCAUCCUGGGCUGCUUCCUCUUCGGCCUGCCCCUGGGCGUCAUCAGCAUCAUGUGCUAUGGCAUCUACACGGCCGACACGGACGGCGGCUACGUAGAGGAGCGGUAUGAAGUACCCAAAAGCCACGCCGAGGACCGGGCAGUGGCAGAGGCCAGCGGGGAGCGGCAGGAGCCCAAGGACGUGUUAGAAAAGAAGACAGAUUGAGACUUUGCUGGGAUUUCAAAUUAUUAAAGAGCCUAUUUAUUGAAUUUAGUCACUUAAUCAUGAUCUUUACAGAA